CUUGCAAAACACCUCCAUUAACACAACCAAUCGAAUGCAGAAAUGGAUCAUAAAAUCCUCCAUUUCUUGCACAAUUGCAAAACCAUAAAUCACUUGAAGCAAACCCAUCUUCAGAUACUCAUCAACAACCUUAAAGACAACACCUUUCUACUCCAAACCCUCAUCACAGUUUCAUCUAACCUCAUUUCACUCGAUUAUGCUUUCAGUGUGCUUCAAACUUCCAAUACCCCAAACAUUAUUGCCUACAACACAUUGAUUAAAUGCUUCAUUGGUAGUAAUACCAGUCUAACAACACGUAAUGCAAUGAGUGUUUACAAAGAAAUGAAGAAACGAGAGUUUGUAGUGUUUCCAAACAGUUUCACUUUCACGUUUCUUCUCAAAUGUUUUGAUAGUUUGGAUGUUGGGAGAAUGAUUCAUGGGGAGGUUUUGAAGAUGGGUUUUGAUGUUUCGAGUGUGUUUGUUGGAAAUAUGCUUUUGAAUUUGUAUGGGAAGUGUGGGGGUGAUGGGUUUGAGUUUGCAGGUAAGGUGUUCGAUGAAAUGCCUGUGAGAGAUAUUGUGUCUUGGAAUACUAUGAUUGGGGUGUAUAUGGAUUGUGGAGAGGUUGGGCAAGCGGUUAGGUUGUUUGAAGCGAUGCCGGAAAGAAGUGAUGUGACGUGGAAUUCGGUUAUUACAGGAUUAGCGAAGAAUGGGAAGAUGGAGUAUGCACGUUCGGUGUUCGAUAAAAUGCCUGAGAGAAAUGAGGUUUCUUGGAACUGUAUGAUUUCUGGGUACUUGAAAGCGGGUGAUUUGAGAAACGCGGAGGGGUUGUUUAAUGAGAUGCCGGUGAAGUCUGUAGUGGCGUGUACGGCGAUCAUAUCGGGGUAUGCAUCGGUUGGAGACGUUGAAUCGGCGAGAAAAAUGUUUGAUUGGAUGGGAAGCAAAAGAAAUGUUGUGACUUGGAAUGCUAUGAUAUCAUGCUACGUAAACAAAAACAUGUUUGAUGAAGCUCUUUCGUUGUUUCAUUUGAUGUCGGUUGAUGGCAGAUGCAAACCGGAUCAAAUCACUUUGAUUAGCGUCUUAUCCGCGUGCGCUCACUUGGGUUCUCUCGAAAACGGAAAAUGGGUUAGCUUUUACAUCAACAAAAACAAGAUAAAUUUAACAACCCCUUUAGGAAACGCGUUGAUCGACAUGUUUGCAAAAUGCGGGGAUAUCGAAAGCAGUAAAACGGUCUUCAACCAGAUGUCAAACAAAUGCAUAAUCACAUGGACAACAAUGGUGUCAAGCUUGGCUGUUCACGGGAUGUGUAAAGAAGCGUUAGCAUUGUUCAACACGAUGUGUGUUCACGGAACACAACCAGAUGAUGUCAUGUUCAUUGCCGUUCUGUCGGCUUGCAACCAUGGAGGACUAGUGCACGAGGGUAAAACGUUAUUCAACCAAAUGGUACAUAACUACGGGAUUAAACCUCAAAUCGAGCAUUAUGGAUGCAUGAUUGAUCUUCUAGCUCGAUCCGGGGAUUUGGAUGAAGCAAUAAGGUUGACCGAAAGCAUGGAUAUGGAGCCUAACGCGGUGAUUUGGGGGACAUUAAUCGGUGCGUGUAAACUACAUGGGGAUAGGAAGUUGUUCGAGUAUGUAACCAAAAAGGUGUUGGAUCAAGAACCUUCAAUCGCGAGCUAUUUGACGUCAAUUACAAAUUUGAGUUCAUCAAUCGGGCGGUGGCAAGAUGCUUUGCGGGUUAGGCGGGAAAUGAGAGAAGAAGGAAUCGAAAAGGUUCCGGGUUGUAGCUCAAUCCAGAUAGGAGAUAAUGUGCAUGAGUUUGUAGCAAGAGAUACAAGGCAUAUGCAUAGGAGUGAUAUAUAUGAGGUGUUGGAGUCUUUAAAUGGUCACUUGUGGUUACAAUCUGAUUUUGAGGGAUGGUGUAUGGGAUAAAUGUAUGUUAUUUAUAU